AUGAAUCGAGUUUUUGUGUGGCAAACAAAUGCUGUUAAUAAUGCAUGCCACCUAAUUGGGAUAUUCUCAGCUGAGAAGUUUAUAAAAAAGUUAGCAGAAGUUCAGGCCCAACAUGUCGAGGCUCAAAUUCAUAAUCUCAAUGAAGAGCUUUUUCAACGUGUUACUCAACAGACAGAUGAGCGUAUUAGUAAGUUGUUAGAUACACGCUUGGCUCCUUUGGAAAAGACUCAAAAGAAGUUAGAAAAGUUAGAACGGGCAAUUGGAAAGGCCAAGAAGGAAAAGCUGAAACACAAGAGAUGGAAUGAGGCUUAUGUUAGCUAUUACAAGAAGGUUAGAGCGUCAAGUAGUUCCACUACUGCUCCACUGCCACCGCCACCGCCACCGCCGCCACCUUCAAUCUCUUCGGAUGAAGACUAUGAUGAUGAUGGGGAUGAAGAUGACACUGAGGACUAUAGUUGA